GGCUGGCUUCUUGGUCGCAUCACACAUCGUCGUUGUCGUCCAUGAUGUCAACUAGCGAGGCGAGUCCAGCGGACGUGAUCACAAUGACAGACUUACACUUCCUCCUCGCGACCGAUAGCCACCUCCAGGACGAGCUUGCUGAAGUGUGCCACCUCCUCGAUGCGUACGCAAGCGACGGCCUUGCCGAGUCGGUCUACAGCACGUCGUCCGACAACGAGACAACCAAAAAGACGAUCGACUCGAUUCUCGAGGACUUCCACACAACGCUCGACGAAGAAGCCGUGGCGCCUGCAAAAGCACCAAAGGCGCCGCGUCGGAAGCGCAAGAAGAUCAUCGACGAAGAGCCGCUGCCAGCGGUCGGCGCACGCAACAAGUUUCAGUACCGCCAAAAGCAAGAGAUUCUACGUCUCCGAAAAGAAGUCGCCGAGCUCCAAGAGACGCUCGAGACAAGCAAGGCGUCGACGGCACUUACGCAGAACGUCGACUGGGAAGCAGCUGCGCGACGCCACUUUGCUGAGAGCCGCCGCGCGAUGGCCGAGCACCACCAGUUGCGCGCGGCCGUCGCGCACCAAACGACCUUGAUCGACUCGAUGAAGGCGUACAUCCACAAGAAGCCUCGCAUUGACGUGACCUCGAGCGAGGAGACGUGGGCCCAGUACAAGCUCGCCGCGCAGCACUCGCUCCGUGUCGCGGCCAUCCACGCGAUCGCCGACCGGCAGUACGCUCGGCAGCGGCCUGCGUUCGACAAGGCUGGCCUUCUCGCCAACGACAACGAGGUACACAUUGCACGGGCGCUCCGGCCACACGCCGAGAGCUGCGUGUUGCUCGAAUUCAUCAACCAACUACGACACCCCGCGCCCUUUCACGUCAUUGGUGAUGCGAUCUGGUCCGUCAUGAAUGGCGAGAACGGCCAAGAGGUGGCUGCGGACGCGACGCAGACGAUCGACCUCAUUGACGACGAUACGGUCUACCAACGAUACACGCAAGCCAUGUCGCCAAGUACGACGAUUCACGCCAACACGAUCGCCAAGCAGUACCGGGAAGACCACCGGCGCGUCAUCGUCUGGCGCAAUGUGCUCGAGGACGAGCGCGUGCCGCACAUGUCGCGCGGCGCACGCGAGCAGCAGUGGGGCUGGGCGAUCGCGGAAGACGAAGGCCCGCGGCAGUGCAAACUCACAAUCUAUCUUCAAGUGCCGUUGGACCGGAGCCACUGCGAUGACGUGGCACUCGCGCAAGCGUCGUUGCAGCAAAUGCAGUUUAGCACGCCGACGGACAAUGCACAGGACGCAGCGAGCCGCCCGGUCCACCCAACGGCCGCCGUCAUGAGCGCGCUCAUGGGCAAAGGCCGGCUCUUUGAGCUCGCCCUGCGCAAGGCGAUCCGGAAGGCCAUCGAGUCGCACUACUACGCGAUGAGCCAGCCUCGCGUCGGCGGUGUAUGAGGCAGCGGCGCAUACGAGGAGACCCAGACCCACGAUGUGACCGAGCCUACGCCAGAGCCGUAAGUCGACUAGAGUAGUACCGUGCUCAACGCACGUACCAAGCGGCGCCCACUUUUCGUAAUCAUGCAGAAGGACUUCGUGUUUGCCUCUAAUUG